AUGCGCGCUCAGUAUCUGAUUCUUGCUGCUAUUGGGUUUGCCGCCGCUGCCCCUCUUGAUGUAAGAGGAGCUGAUGCCGAGGCCGAAGCAAUCCCCUUCUACCCCAAGAGAGGUGCUGAUGCCGAAGCUGAGGCUAUCCCUUUCUACCCGAAGCGUGGUGCAAAUGCUGAAGCAGAGGCAAUUCCCUUCUACCCCAAGAGAGAUGCUGUUGCGGAAGCUGAGGCCAUCCCAUUCUAUCCCAAGAGGGGUGCCGACGCUGAGGCUGAGGCCAUCCCGUUCUACCCGAAGCGUGGCGCUGAUGCUGAGGCUGAGGCUAUCCCCUUCUAUCCUAAAAGGGAGGCCCAUGGAAAGCCAGAUUCCAACGGAGGAGACUCAGGAUCUCUACCCACAACCUCCAUUGUAAAAACACUUUCGAUCAUCGCAGUACGCGUCAUAAUCACGAUUCUUGCUGGAUAUGGGCUCUUCUCCCUACUGGUACCUCACCUUUCUCUAACCCAAAAGCAACAUCCUGUAUCAUGCAACUGCGGCGAGACCAUCGAAGAAGCGCGCGCCAACAGCUGUGUAUAUGAUUCCCUCGCCGCAGCAUGGCUUCCACCACAUUGCCGCUCCGCCAAACUCACCGCAGAGUUCGAGUCUCUGGGCCCGAAUGAGCCCGACAUGACAGGCAACACCUGGGGAUACUGGCACGACCAGAACCAGACGCACCCCAUGACGCUCGAGGAAGUCAGCCAGCUACCCGAGGCGGCGAGACGCGGCCAGCAUGCACGAUUCUUCACUACCCACGAAUGGCACCUUGUACACUGCGUCUUUUACUGGCGCAAGAUGUGGGAAGCGGCGCGGUGUGCGAGGGGGGUGGAUGGGGCUUCGUGUGGGGAUGAUGGGAUACUGGUGAUUGAGAAGCGUUACGACACGUUGAUGCAUAUUAAUCACUGCAUGACGAUGAUGUUAAUGCGGGAUCCAUUGGAUAGUAUCGCGGCCGAGGCUGGUGUUGCGCUGCAUUCUGAUGAGCUGCAUGUUGCCAAGCCACACAAGCAUGAGGAGAGUGGGCAUCACGGAGGCGGUGGGCAGAAGCCGGGUGAUCCAUAUGACAAGAUGGGAAAAGAGCAUCAGCAUGGGAAGGGUGAUCCGUAUGAUGAAAGAAGUCUCGAAGUCAAGUAG